CCAUGGUUUACGUGAAUUAAGUUUUUAAAAUUAUGAUGGAGAAGCAGAUUGUGAAUAGGUGCUUCUGAGGUUCUUUCCAGCAAGUUCUGGAUGAUUGAACUUGCUGCAAAACAUUCCUGAAACGUGACACAAGAAGAACAAUCUUCAAUAGAAAGCAGCCACCCUACUGUCGUCUCUCAGGGUGACCACAUAUCACUCUCUUCCUCAUCAUUUGCAUCAAAUACUGGACAAACCUAAGUGUGCAACAAGAAAUAAGUGUUUACAUGGUAACCACUCUCUCCAAUGGGAGGGUUGAGGUUUAAGCACCUCUAUUUGGGAAGCUUUGUUGAGUCUGGGGGAACAUUCCAGUCAGUGUUAAUAAUCUUCCUUCUGAUUCCAUGCUCCUUGACUAUGGUGGAUUAUAGGGCAGUGCCAGUUUUGCCAAAUGAGACUUUCCUUUGGAUCUGGAAUGUCCCAACUGAAGCUUGUAUUGGAGCAUUUAAUCACUCAAUAGAUUUGAGCCUCUUCCCUUUAAUCGGAAGUCCCCGAAAAACUGCCACAGGGCAGGCUGUCACAAUAUUUUAUGCUAACCGACUUGGAAAGUAUCCAUAUAUAGAUAAGAAACAAGCAGAAGUGUUUGGAGGAAUACCUCAGGCGGGAAAUUUGCAAGAGCAUUUGGACAAAGUUAAGACUGACAUUGAGCAUUAUAUUCCAGUAGACCAAUUGGGCUUAGCUAUCAUUGAUUGGGAAGAAUGGAGGCCUACCUGGGCACGAAACUGGACACCCAAGGAUAUUUAUAGGAAUAAGUCUAUUCAGUUGGUACAGACCCAAGAUCCAGGUAUGAACACUGCACAAGCCACCAAGAAAGCCAAAGAGGAAUUUGAAAAGGCAGCAAGAAAAUUCAUGGAAGAGACAUUAAAACUGGGUAAAAGACUUAAGCCUCGAUACUUAUGGGGGUUUUAUCUUUUUCCUGAUUGUUAUAAUAAUAAUUAUUUAGAGCCAGGCUAUGAUGGAAAAUGUCCUAGUAUAGAAAUAGACAGAAAUAAUGAUCUUGGCUGGAUAUGGAAAGAAAGCACUGCCCUUUACCCAUCGACCUAUCUGAGGAGUGAAUUGAAAUUAUCUCCAAAUGCAAAACUCUACAGUCGCUACCGUAUAUUGGAGGGCAUCAGGACUUCUAAAGUGCGUGGGGAAAACAAUCCACUUCCUGUCUUUCUGUAUACACGCGUUGUUUUUACUAACCAAGUCUGGGAAUUCCUUUCUAUUAAUGACCUUGUGAAUACAAUUGGUGAAGCGGUUGCACUGGGGACCAGUGGAAUUGUAAUAUGGGAUUCUAUAUAUAUAGCACAAUGUGCACAGACAGGUUGUCCAACCCUCCAUAAAUACAUGAGGACUACCCUGAAUCCGUACAUAAUCAACGCCACCCUAGCAGCCAAAAUGUGCAGCCAAACACUUUGCAGUCAUCGAGGCAUCUGCACAAGAAAAGAUGUGAAUUCAGAUCACUAUAUUCAGUUGAAUCCAAAGAACUUAGAAAUUAAACUUUCGAAAAAUGGGAGUUUUGAAGUAGUUGGCAACCCCACAGUUGGAGACCUGAAGUACUUUUCUGAGCACUUUAAAUGCAACUGUUUUACCAACAUGGAUUGUAAAGAAAGAUCUGACAUUGAAAACGUGGGAAAUGUUAAAGUGUGCACUGCCAACGGUAUUUGUAUAGAUACCCGUGUAGAACCAGACCAAGCGUUCUGUCUCUUACCUGGAAAAAGCUUUCUCUUUUUCAUAGCCAUCAAUCACAUACUCUAUCAUCUGCUCUAGGGGCCCUUGAAUUUCCUAGGGAAGAUAUCAGUGGGUGCCCCUUAGUUAUAUCUGCUCCCAAUAUUUUUUUUGUUAUAGUCUUGUGCUAACUCAAAUGCAAAAUGGGAUUCUAUCUUACAAAAGUAAUUCUAUUUUAAUAUUGAGAUUAUAUUUUGAUAUUUAAAGGCAAAAUGUCUAUUCUUCUAGGAAAGACUGGUAGCAAACAAGGCAGCCAUACUUGGAUAUUAGUUUUUGUCUCAGGAGAAUGAAGAAUGAAUAAAAUCAAAUUACUGUAAAUGAGUGCCUUUAUUAGUAGUUUGUCAUAGUUUAAAAAAUGAUCAAGGAAGUAUUAAAAACUCCUUAUGUAAAAAAGUAUGCUAAAAUAUUCUGAAGUGUGCUAGUCAGCCCAAUUAUAGAACUGUGAAUUUUGUAACUUUUUAAAUAAAGUUUGUAUAUCUUUAUUUUAUAGUAAGAUAAACUUGACAAAUGACAAUCUUACAUAUUUUUACAUGUUUUCAGAAACCACUUUUAUACUGUAAGCUAAUUAUUUUUCCAUUCCUAAUUGUCAAAUUUAAUUUGUGUUUCCCAAAUGAUCAUUUUCAUUUAAUCACUCACAUGAUUAUUCAUUUGUUUGAUAACACAUUUAUUGACUAUUUAUUUCUCUCAAGCUUGCUAUUCAGUAUUGCCAAAUGUGACUUUGUUGUUCGAAGGUGAAAGAAAUGGAGCGGGAGUGGAUCUGGGGGAGGAGGGGUUGCUGGGAGGAGUGGA